AUCACACACAUUCUGUGGAGCCUGCAGAGGAACAUGACAUGUUUCUUUAGGACCACCAGCGUUCAAAGCUCCUGUAAUCUUUGGAAACCAGCACUUUUUCCUUAAUUUUGUCAAGAAACAUCUCCACAGGUAGGCCUUUCUGAUUUUGGUUUAAACUGCUCUUUACGCCUAUGAUAACAUCUUUCCUCAGGAGUUCUUUUACUGAUAUUUUCUUAUAUGAGAACAGUGUUGCCAAGUUUAUGACCAAAAAAAAAACUACAACGCAUGUCUUUCAUUGGGGUAAAUUUCAAGACAUAAUGCAUCUAGGAUGUGGAUGGAUAGCUGAAAACAUUAAAUAUUUUGUGACUUAAUUUCCAUGAUAAAGGUUUAAUGUGUGUUGCUGGUCCAUUUGAGUGUGUAGGAGGGGGGUGGGGUUGAUUUCAAACUACCAGAUUUUUCUUUUUUUUUCUGGUUUAAUGAGAGAGGGCAUUUUCCUUUGCUGUUUUAGUGCAAUACAUGGUUAGUUUAGGGUAUCAUAGAGGCUGGAAAAAAAUAAUUUAUCAAGACCAGUGUGCAUGAAGCUUCAUAAAUGCAGCACUUGAGUCCAAGUCCAAUUUUCUCACGAUUGUAUCACAUCUUAUCGUAUUGUAUUGUAUCAUGUAAACCUGCAAAACACUUCCCGCCUUCGUGGAUUUAUACCAAAUUAGGAUGCUAACUCAUUUUAGGGUGUUUCAGUAACCCUAAUAAAUGUGAUAGCUGAUUAAUUCACAAUUAAACUGAAAUGAAUUCACAGCACUUUUCACUGAUGUUUAUUUGAGUAACUGACUCCUGCUUUUUUCCAGUGUAAACUAGCACUCAACUCAUGUAAAGGAUGGUAGGAGUGAAACUGUUGUUGCCCAUCAUACUAAUGUCUGUGCUGACAUCUUAUGGACAACAAUUGGCAGAGGAGUCCUGCACUGUACAGAUUUUGGUCCCUGGACUCAAAGGUAAGAUGCUCUGUGUUCUUUCUUAUACAGGGAAACAAAAAUGUCUAACUCUCUCAACAGGUUAUCACAUUUUUAUUGUAUUCUGUCUUUUUUUGCAAAAGGAGAACCAGGUGAGAAAGGACAAAAAGGAGCACCAGGGCGACCAGGAAGAGUUGGGCCUGCAGGAGAGACUGGUACAGUUUUUAGAGUCUUGUAACAAAGGGAGAGGACUCCAGCGCGUUUUUGUUUUUCAGUGCAUGGGAAAACAUUACACUCUAGUGUAUGCAUAUCCUCACAUUUCACGACUACCAAGCCAAAACCAGGAAGAAAAAAAAAGAAGUGGGGUAAAGAUCACAUUUCUUGAGCUGAUAAUGUGCUGUUACAUCACUCGCAGGCCAUCCAGAGAUGGCUUGGUGUUUACAUUGGGGUGAGAGGUUGAUGUGAGGAUCUGCUGCUGUGGGUGAAUGUUUACUGAAGAACCUAAUGAGGAGUGGAGGCUGUUGACAUACUUUUUGGUGGAGAUUACACAGACUCAGCGUUUAUUCAAUGCGCCAAGGUGUAUCCUUGAGAUAAGGGUUUGGGGAAUUUUGGAUGUUGCUUUAAUGAAACUUAAUUUGUGUGGACCCAAAAGAGGAGCUGAGUGGUUUAUUAAGUAGAUUACAUAGUGAUAAAACCUUCCUGACACGUAUAUUUAUUUAUCUAUUUUGUAGGUCAUCCUGGACUUAAAGGUCAGAAAGGCAUUAUGGGACGUUUUGGAAAAGUGGGUCCAAGUGGAAUGAAAGGUAAUUAGAAAAAGGGAGAACAUGCUUCCCUUGUUGUUGUUUAUUAUAGUCUUAUUUAUUUACAGUUUUAUGAAUAAUUACUUUUCAUAUUUUAGGAGUAAAAGGAGACAUGGGGGAUCCAGGUCCUAGAGGUCCGAGUGGAGAUCCAGGUAAAUAUUACGCCAGGUUUUUUAGACUGUAAAAAAAAAAGACUGCAGGAUUAGACUGGCAUGUUUGGUAGAAUGUGUGUUAAUCUCCCACAUGUCUGCCUUAUCAGGUGUUCCAUGUGAGUGCACACCAAUGAGAAAACUGAUUGGAGAAAUGGACAUUCUUGUGGCGCAGCUCUCCUCUGAACUCAAAUUUAUUAAAAAUGGUAAGAUCUGAGCAUUUUUGGUGACUUUUCGAAUCUUAUUUCUCAAAGGAAAAAUCCUUGUAUCUGUUUUCACUAAUUAUCCUUGUACAAAUGCAAAUACUUGAUGUGCCAAAGUGAAAUUUAUAGAAAUACAAGUGCUCAUUUUUCAGCACUGCCCUCCCCCGCAGCUGUUGCUGGCAUAAAAGAGACAGACAGUAAGGUGUAUCUGUUGGUGAAGGAGGAGAAACGCUACGCAGACGCUGAGCUCUACUGUCAGACAAGGGGAGGGCACCUUGCCAUGCCUAAGGAUGAGGUGGCCAACACAGCCAUCGCAGGGUACAUAACUGAGGCGGGUCUAAGCAGAGUCUACAUCGGGAUCCAUGACCAACAACAUGAGGGUGUGUUCACCUACGCUGAUCUCUCUCCCAUGACUACUUUCAGCAAGUGGAGGAAAGGAGAGCCCAACAACGCCUAUGAUGAUGAGGACUGCGCUGAGAUGGUGGCCUCUGGAGAGUGGACAGAUGUGGCGUGCAGCCCGACCAUGUAUUUUGUCUGUGAAUUUGACAAGGACAGUGUCUGAGAGUAUUCUGUGAUGAGGAUACAGUAUAAAAAUGGACAAAUACAAAAAAUGUUCAACAUAUGUUUUGUGUAUUCUCUGUAAAUAGGAUGACAAAAUGACAGGAAAGUUGUGUAAAGUAGUGUAUAUUCUACUUCUUCUUUUACUAAUAUCUUAUUUAUUUUCUUAGUUCACAAAAUAUUCAGUUUUUGUUCUUUUGGGAAUAUUACAUUUUUUAAGUUAACAAAAUAUCCUAAACUCUAUGAUUCAUGUAUUUUUAUCAAUCUGUGAGGCAGGGCAUUGAGAUUAUGUCACACAUACUUUCAUACUGCAGCAGUGCUAACAAUAAAUAAGGUAAUAUAAAAAGGAUGUAGUCUUUGCAUAAAAUAUGAAAUUACAGAUGGAUUUUGCUUCCAGUUGGUUGCUGCUAAUAAAAGAGGUUGAAUACAA